AUGACUUCUAUAUUGAAGAGUUGCUUGAUUAAUAGAUUGGGAAGCCUCAAAGUGAAAGCUCUGGAUGGCAAUGCGAAUGAGGAGCCAAGAAAAGUGGAAAUUGUUCCCGAGGGAUGGCAAAUCUUGAAGCCCAUUCCCGAGAUCAACAACCUUGGCUCUGCUUCGUCAUCCAAAGGGAUUGGCAUUGGAACUCCAGUAGUAGUCACUGAGGCUCCUCAAAUCCUCAAGACUGCCGAGCCAAUGCCAAUGCUGCGCAAAAACGAUGGAGUAAUUCGCCCUGGGGAUGUUGGCAGGAUAAUUGAUAGGAGACCAAAGAAUGUCUGGGCUGUGAGGUUCGCCAUCGGAGCUUAUCUAAUCGAUGGGAAGUGUUUCAAAGAGUUCAAGCCAUGAAAUUUCAAUCUUCCUUUGUGGAGCUACAACUAAAAUCGUUGAUUAAUUUACAACAACGAACCAUUCAUGGCCGCAGUGUAAUAUAUCUGUGAUCGUCUUUGUCAGGUUUCCACACAGAUUAAACGGGAUCUCUUGUCAUGCCUCGGGAUCCAUUGAUUCGCAGGUAAGCUACGAGCUGGCCGUGUUUUUUAGCAUUCCUUCGACGGGUUGGAUCAUCCACCUGCCAAAUGCUUCCAGCAGAUCACCUCUUCCAGAAGCAGCUUCAAUCUCAACCAAACACAAAGAAUCUAAACCCCGGAGAUGCCCGAUGCGACCUGGGCCUCGUUGAUCUUUUGGGCUCUCUUACCUUUCAGAGAAAAGGUAUAAAAUAAACCUGUCGAUUUGUGGAGUU